AGUGACGUCAUCACGUUCACAUAGACGUCAGCACGUAUCGCCUGGAAACCAAGCGUAAAAUGAAUUCAAAGGCAGAAUAAGCUCCACCGUCAAAAAAGUAACAGGAAAAAAACUUUCUAACUUCAUUCGCCUGAUUCGGUGGCAGGCACUGGAGUCCAGCAUGCCGGCGAAAGAUGACUGCUGCACACCUUUUGGGGAUGGAGCCAAGGCUGACCUGCAGCAGCCACUGAUUCUGGAAAGGGUUGAGAAGCAACCGGAGAAGAAAUGGCAUACGGUUCUAUCAGAUCGGGUGAAGAAGCACUGCUCAUGCAGCCCGGAGAAGGUGAAAUCCAAAAUACUGGGCUUUGUCCCAAUUCUGAAGUGGCUGCCUCGCUACAAGCUCAGAGACUGGAUUCUCGGUGAUAUUAUGUCAGGAGUUAUCGUCGGGAUCCUGCUGGUUCCUCAGUCCAUAGCCUACUCCUUACUGGCUAAUCAGGACCCUAUAUAUGGUUUAUACACGUCUUUCUUCUCGUCGAUCAUUUAUGCCAUUUUGGGCUCCUCCAGGCACAUCUCUGUGGGAAUAUUUGGAGUUCUCUGUCUGCUUGUGGGUCAGGUUGUGGAUAAAGAAUUGGUUCUAGCAGGAUACUCCCCAGAGAGCAGCAUUGGUAAUAAUAGCAGCGAUACUUUGUUGGCCGUUCAGGGGAACAGCAGCAAUAUGGGAUGUGAUAGGAGCUGCUAUGCAAUCACAGUAGGAGCAACGGUCACCUUCACUGCGGGCAUUUACCAGGUGCUGAUGGGCCUUCUGCAGAUAGGCUUUGUCUCCGUCUACCUCUCCGACUCCCUCCUCAGUGGGUUUGCAACAGGGGCCUCCCUGACCAUCCUCACAUCCCAGAUCAAGUACCUCCUGGGCCUAAAGAUACCCCGGCCGCAGGGCUGGUUCACUCUGUUCAAGACCUGGUAUGCUCUGUUCAGCAGCUUAGGAAAAACCAACAUCUGUGACCUAAUCACCAGCUUGGUAUGCUUGGCGGUCCUCAUCCCGUCAAAGGAGCUGAAUGAUCGAUUCAAAUCCAAGCUAAAGGCUCCGAUACCGUUUGAGCUCUUUGUUGUUAUCAUAGCAACCCUUGCCUCGCACUUUGGUCACUUUAAUAGUGAAUAUGGUUCAGGGGUCGCUGGAGACAUCCCUACAGGCUUCCUCCCUCCACAGCUGCCAGCAUGGUCCCUGAUCCCUAAUGUGGCCGUCGACGCCUUUUCCAUCGCCAUUGUGGGAUUUGCCAUCACCGUCUCUUUAUCUGAGAUGUUUGCCAAGAAACACGGCUACACAGUGGACGCCAAUCAGGAAAUGUACGCCAUUGGCUUCUGCAACAUCCUGCCCUCUUUCUUCCGCUGCUUCACGACAAGUGCUGCUUUGACGAAAACUCUCGUCAAAGAGUCAACGGGAUGCCAAACCCAGAUGUCAGGACUGGUCACGGCUGUUAUCCUGCUGCUGGUUCUUCUGGUUAUCGCUCCACUCUUCUAUUCCCUUCAGAAAUGUGUUUUAGCGGUUAUCAUCGUGGUGAACCUUCGUGGGGCCUUAAGGAAGUUCAGAGACAUUCCCCGGAUGUGGCGUGUAAACAGAAUCGAUGCUUCCAUCUGGCUGAUCACCAUGGCGACGUCAGCGCUGGUCAACACAGAGCUUGGGCUCCUGGUUGGGGUUUUGGUGUCGGCCUUCUUCGUCCUUGGCCGAACCCAGCAGGCCCAGGUCCUGCAGCUAGGCCGCGCCGCCACCAGGGAGCACUAUGAGAAUGUGUCAUCCUACCACGGCCUCCAGACCCAUUCUGGAGUGGCCGUUUUCAGAUACGGGGCCCCGAUUUACUAUGCCAACCAAAGCUUGUUCAAAAAGUCUCUUUACAAAUGUGCAAAUCUUAACCCCGUAAAGGAGAAAGUUCGGCGUUUAAAGUUCAUGAAGAACAAAAAGCAGGAGGAGCCUGGAGCGAAGUCUGAAGAAAAACUAAGCAAAGAGAACGAGCAGGAAGCUUCUGCCUCCAUAUCAGUGAUGCUGGAUGAGAACUCUUCCAUAAACUUACGCAGCUUAGUGAUCGACUGCAGUGGCGUCUUGUUUUUGGACACGGCUGGAGUGAACGCCCUGAAAGAAGUACGCAAAGAUUUCAAGGAUCUUGCAGUUGAAGUAGUUUUAGCUCAAUGUAACACCUCAGUUCUGGACUCCCUGGAAAGAGGAGGUUACUAUGACAACCAAAAAGAUGGAGAAGUAGGAAAAAACAACAUGUUGUUCUUUACCAUCACCGAUGCCGUCAACUAUGUCCAAAGCCUAAAUGUUCCUAACGGAGACUGUGAAAACAAAUCUUGAAGAUGCAAUAACCCACAGAAGAGCUUUGUUUACAUCUAUUUAAUAUCCAAUGAAAACACAACCAAUCAGUAACUCAGUGAUGCCGACUUGCCUUAUAAUCCGUCUGCAGCAGAUGAAGUUCUGUGUUUCUGAAGUUGAUCAGAAAUAUUUAUUCCCGUUUGAGCAGGGUAAAUCAGUGUUUCAUACUACUACUGGAAACUUUAGUUAGAAUGUUACCAUAAGCUCCUAUAUUUAUUUACUUAUUUUAUAAAUGAAUAAAACAAGUUGGAGUAUUUUAGGGCAAAAAUGAUGAAAUAUUUUUAUUAUAGUGUUAAUUAUAAAGAAAUAAUCUUAUUUUUAUGGAACUCUUUUUUUUAUUAGAUUUUGUGUCUUUUUGUGAUUGGAAAAUCCUUCUAAAUUUUCAUAGUGUUUAAGUUUUCUGUUUUUAACGUUUAUAGUCAAAAACCAAAUAAUUUAAAAACAAUCUCAACUUAAGAACAGGAUAAAUUCCGUCCUCUAGAUUGAAGGAAACAUCUUCUGAUCUUCCAAUUGACACUGUAGUUGUCAUUCCUGUCAAACUGCUCUGUGCCUUUGCGUUAUGGAAAGUUACUAGGAUUACAGGAAGUGCUGACGCCUGUUUUAGUCAGGCCCAGACAGUUUAAUUUGAUCUCUGAUUAAACCAAUGCUUCAUACUAUCACAUUUAAAUAGUUAGUUUUGCAGCAAUUAUUUUUAGAGCAGCACUAUCGUUUUGUCACAUAUUGUUUCAAAAAUGUUUUACCCAUUAUAUUCAUGUCUAAGAACUGUUUUUGUCCAGUCAUAUCACAUCAGGCUGCUCUGUUUUAAUCUUCUGGAACGAAUGCUGAUCAGCCUCUUCAUAUUAAAUGACCCCAGUAACUUAUCAGCUACAUAAACUGUCAUUUAAAAGAUUUUACUAAUGGAAAUGAAACAACUGCAAUCCUCAGCAGAUGUAGUAUGAACCUUGAUGUUAAGAUCAAAGUACAUUUUCUUCCUCAGAGGUUAGGAUUUGAAAAAAAAAAAAAAAUUCUCAUCUUUCAUAGUUUUAUAAUGUGGCACGAUUAACACAAUCCAGCCUCAGCUGUCCGUUUUAAACAUUGUCUUAGCUUCAGAUCUCGGUAAGUUUAGGUGAGCAAGUCUUUUCUUAUAAUCAUGUCCUGACCUUAGUGACCUUGGCUCUGUACUGUUAGAUACAUAAUUACUAAUUAAACAUUUUCACACACUGAUUAUAUUUAAAAAGGAAAGCACUUUGUUAAAAAAUGUUUUUUUCCUCACAGAAUAACUACUGUACAUCAUAUAAAAGUUAGAUUUUUCUACAUUUUUUAAGGAAUAAUGUUGGUGGUUUGAAAUAUGUUCAGCAAAAGUAAUGUCUUAGUAAAUAUCACCUGGUUAAGUGAAGAGGAUAAAGUAUAGAACAUCAAAUAUAUUUAUAAUAUAUUUAUAUUUGAUAUUCUGUACUGCCUUAAUGAAAGUAAGAUUUUAAAAAACAGAGCAAGCAGUGAAAGUUCUAAUUCUAACAUUUUUUAAAGUCUGAAGUUGCUCCUGAAUAUUUAACUGGAGAGCCAUAGCUGCUGAUCCCAUAUUUACUCAUCCUUUGAUCUGUGAAUGUUUUCUCAUUUUUGACAAAUCAAUGCUUUUUUUUGUACAGUUUGUAAUUAUUGUUCAGAGUUAUACAAUGUGAUACUGGAACUUCAGUCAAUAAGGUUAAACAAAGCACAUAAGGAAUGUGUCGCUCUAAUUGUGUUCAUCUUUUGCAUCAGCCUCACUGCUGAACAGGAUGAUGUCACUGUCAUUUACUGUAACAUGAAAAAUAUGCAGCUAAGGUUGUUUGAGGCUAAAGGUAUUGACAUGGGAGAUUUUUACACCGUCCUAAAACAUCCUCUUUUUAUUUUGUAAUGUUUGAUAAUGGCAGUCAGACGUCAUGGGUUGGGUUAAAGACUCUAUGGAGCAGAGCCUGUACAUAUUUAAUCAGUCAACAAAGUGACGGGCGAUUACACCCUCUAAGGGUUAAUGUAGGUCAUUAGAAUGAAGGCCAGAGCUGUUACACAGUCAUAAAGGUUAAUAAAGCUCAUAUGCUAGAUAUUUAUAAAUUGUUUUAUUAUUGCAUAUAUUUAAUAGUUAUGGAUGGUGUAAGAAACAAGACCUCAGGUUUAGUCUCUCCCAGAAGAAAUAAUGAAAAGUGGUUGUUCUAAAAACAAACAAAAAGAAGAAGGAAAAAAACUAUAAUUCUUGUUUAUAUGUUUCUGCCAAAAGCUGUUGCUAUCUGUCACCAGAUGCCUUAAUCUACAAAUUAGGUCUGUAUUUGUAGCACUAUUUUAUGGAAUUGCUGUAUGCACAUAUUUGGGGUGUGACUGUUCACAUUGCAUUAGCACUUAUAGUGUGGCGGGGGUUUGAGGCCAGACUUUAUUUUUUUUUUUAUCUGGCUUCUCCUGUUUAGCUUGUUUUGCUUUGAUAAUCAAACACAUAAUGGCAGGAGUGUGAUUGUUAUUUUGUUGAAUUACAUGGAGAGAUUCACUGCACUAAUGCUUAAAAGUAAACGUGAUCUAUAAGUGCUGGUAGGGAUCAUUUUUUGUCAAGUUUAAAUGAUCAGAUUAGUAUAAAACUGUCUUAUUUAUUAUUAGUUUAAUUCUGUACAACAGAGUCCAUCAGGUAUUGUAUAGAUAUGCCAAAAACAUUUGUAUGCAUCUAAAACUUUAUAAUAGAGACUUUAUUACUAAAACCAAAGUAUUUAAAGCCAAAUUAUGGUUUAGAACCUAUAUGUGUAGUUUGUAGUUUUUGUAUGGGUAAAUU